ACGAAACAAGGCUCAUCCUUUUUUUUCUUUUAACUGUGUUGCUCCAAACUUGGUUCAAUUUUCAAGUUUCCCCCAUCUAUAUCACUCCUCUCCGUGGUCCGGUUGCUCAGGUGGUCCGUCAUGACGUCAUCCAUGGGCCCUCCUCCGUCCAGAAACACCGCCGCCGCCGUGGAACCUCCGGCAGUUUCAGAGGGUUCGGCCUCAGACUCCACGUUAAGUGAACGGUGUCCAUCUUCGGAGAACCUAAACCCUAACAUCGAGAAAUCCGAAUUGAGAAACACCGAAACUUCUCAAAAUGAUUCCGGCGAUGAAAGUGCUGUCUCGAGCUCUGGCUCUAAACCCGAGGAAAAUGACGGCGAUGCAGAGAAGAAACAGGAGCCGCGCUCUAAGCCUGAAGUGCCGUAUACAAUUCCUUCCUGGAGUGAACCUCCGUGCCAUAGCUAUUUCCUGGAAGUGCUUAAGGAAGGAUCAAUCAUUGAUCAACUCGACGUAAACAAGAAAGGGGCUUACAUGUUUGGACGUGUGGAUCUUUGUGAUUUUGUCCUUGAGCAUCCUACUAUCUCUAGAUUUCAUGCAGUUUUGCAGUUCAAUAGCAACGGAGAUGCUUAUCUGUAUGAUCUAGGCAGUACACAUGGGACGUUUGUAAACAAACACCAGGUUAAAAAAAGGGCUUAUAUGGAGCUACAUGUUGGUGAUGUAAUCCGAUUUGGCCAGUCUUCCCGGCUGUAUGUUUUCCAAGGACCAAAUGAUUUGAUGCCACCUGAAGGUGACCUGAAGAGUAUAAGACAGGCUAAGAUUCGAGCAGGGAUGCAAGAUAUGGAAGAGUCACUCUUGCGAGCAAAGCUAGAAGCGUCUUGUGCUGAUGGGGUCUCAUGGGGAAUGCGUGAGGAUGCUAUUGAACUAGAUGAGGAUGAAGUUGAAGAGAUGACUUGGCAAACAUACAAGGGCCAACUUACAGAGAAGCAGGAGAAAACACGUGAUAAAGUAAUAAAGAGACUAGAAAAGAUUGCUCAUAUGAAAAAGGAGAUAGAUGCUAUUAGGGCAAAGGACAUUGCUCAAGGUGGACUGACGCAAGGACAACAAACUCAGAUAGCUCGGAAUGAACAGAGGAUGUCACAGAUAUUGGAAGAGCUUGAAAACUUGGAAGAGACUUUAAAUGAAAGUAUCCGAGAGAGUCUUGGUGCACGAACUGGUAGGGUGUCUUGCGGAAAGAAAAAAGGAGUAAAUGAAGAAGAAGAGUAUGUGAGUGAUGAUGAUGAGUUUUACGAUCGGACACAGAAACCCGCCAAGAAAAAGGCGGGUGAAAACCAAUCAUUUGAAACAGCAGAUUCUCUCCUUGAUAAGAAGGAUUCCUUAGUCAGGGAGAUGGAGGACAAAAGAAAGCUGCUAUUUUCUGAAGAUAAUACCAGUAAAGCAAAUGAUAGUCUAGAAUCUGGUGAUGACCUCGAUAUAUACAUGUCAGGGCUUUCAUCUCAAUUAGAUCACGAAAAGAAGGACCGGCUGCACAAUGAACUGUCUGCUCUUCAAUCAGAGCUGGAUAGGAUACUAUACUUGCUCAAGAUUGCUGAUCCAUCUGGUGAAGCUGUCAGAAAGAGGGAAAUGAAAUCUCAGGAGCCAAAGACUGAAUUGUUCAAAGGUAACCCAUCCAAUGUGCGAAGAAGUGAGGAGAAGCCUGGCCCCUCCUCCAAGAAAAAAGGAACUGUUAGUAUUUCUGAAUCCAGCAAAGAGAAUACUAACAAAGAGGGAAAAGAAACAGACGAUAAUAAAUCUAUUGAGUACACUGUUGUUAAGCCCCAGUGGCUUGGAGCUGUUGAGGAAGAGAAAAAGAAAGAACCUGAUGUUGUGGAGUUGCAGCCAGACGUGCAACAAGAAAAUGAUCAAUUUAUUGACUAUAAAGACAGGGAGAGAAUAGUUCAAAACUCGGGUGCAUCGGUGAUUGAAAAUGCAGCUCCAGGUCUUAUAAUAAGGAAGCGGAAACAAGUCAAGCUUGAUGAGGCAGCAUCCAAUGAAGCUGUUCAAGCUGAGAAACCACAAUCUUCUGGAGUUGACAUGGAGGCUGAGGAAGCUGUUGCGUUGUUGUUAAAGCAUUCAAGAGGAUACCAUGCUUUGGAUGAUGAAAACGAGCACACUGGUGACAUGGUCUCUCACGAGAGCUCCGUGGAGAAGAAGAAGAAAAAGACUAAAGCAACCCUCGGUCCUGAUCGGCCACCAUUUUUGGCAAGCGAAGUCAGCUAUGAGACCUGGGUGCCCCCUAAAGGCCAAUGUGGUGAUGGGAGGACUUCGUUGAAUGACCGCUACGGCUAUUGACACAGAAGCCCCUCUUGUGCCUCAGACAGGUAAAUUCUUCCACACCAGUUUGAAACGUGGCCUUUUGACAGCCGUGAGACUUGAAAAGAAAAUCUACUAUCUCAUCAGAUCUUUGUGCAAGGCGUGAGCAAACAUGGCCGGGUUAUCUAUCAAAGUUCCCAUCACUUGAAAACUCAUCAGCCGGCAAGUUCUGUAUUUACUUUCUUCAACGAAAAUUGUAUAGCCUACUACAUUUAUAGAGAUACAGAAUUCGUCACCUUUUUAGAUAAGCAAAUGUGCCUAGAAAUUGUUCAUGCAAAUCUGUUUAGGCU